AUGGCCCAAACCAUGACGGCAACCGUGACCACAGUCCCUGAGUCUAAGGUCCACGUUCCUAUCCCAUACCUCGCCAAGUCCCCGCUAUAUAAGACAGAAAAGCCAUACGCGGCUGUCUUCGACGUCAAGGACAUCCCAGGUGCGAAGGCUACCAACCAUGUCAUCGAGCUCAUGCCCCAGGAUGUUCACAACGCGCGUGACAUCCCACCGGGGACCUUCACUUUAGAGAAGAACGGAUUCGAGUUCCUCAAGCGCCAAAACUGCCUCGACGUCAGCAACAUCGACGAUGAAGAGCUCAUCUACAACAAGUUUCGCGUCGAGAUGGAGGACACGCUGCGCAAACGAUUCCCCCAGUACAGGGACAUCAUCUAUCUGGACCAUUCCAUCCGCAAACGUAGCCCCAUGUUCCCUGGAACCCCGGGGCAGCCAGUAACCUUUCCCCAGCCGGCGGCGUUGCCACAUUUUGACUUUACCACGCACGGAUCGUUCCUCCGCAUGGCCCUGAUGUAUCCGGGCGAGCCGGAGGUGUAUCAGGAUCGGGACUUUGACCUGAUCAACAUCUGGAAGGUUCUCGCCGGCCCUAACAACGACUGGCCCCUGGCGGUGUGUGAUGCCCAGAGCGUCGACUUUACGACCGAUUAUGUCGCCAACGACGUCAUUAACGAGAUCACCGUCGGCGAGAAUGGUUUGAUGCACUACAACAGUAAACACAAGUGGUACUUUCUGAAGGACCAGGAGGUUGACGAUCUGAUCGUCUUCCGCAACUCCAACUCCCUGGGCAAGCGCGCAAUCGCUUUCCAUGCCGCGUUUGAUCCCAAGCUGGUCGAUGGCCCGCCCCGACAGAGCAUUGAGAUGCGGUUUGCCGGUUUCUACUGA